UUUUUUUUUUCUGUGAUAUUUGACUAAAGUUAUUACACAAAGCUCUUUGUGGCGUGACGUCACCGGUGCUCUGACAGCCGACGUUGCAGCCAUGGAGGAAGUAAGAGUAUUUCCCCUGACCUGUGCUGUCCAGAACUAUGCCUGGGGCAAGGUGGGGCUGGACAGUGAGGUGGCCAAACUGGUGGUUGGAGGAGACCCACUGGCUGUAAUAGAGGAGGACAAACCCUAUGCAGAGCUGUGGAUGGGUGCCCACCCAAAAGGUGACGCCCAGAUCAAAGACAACAGGAUCGCCCAGACCACCCUGGGCCAAUGGAUCGCCCACUUCCCUGGCUGCUUGGGCUCCAAAGUCAAAGACACGUUCCAGGGCCAGCUGCCCUUCCUCUUCAAGGUGCUAUCUGUCAAUACAGCCUUGUCCAUACAGGCCCACCCCAACAGGGAGUUGGCCACUCGUCUCCAUGCUCAGUUUCCGGAGCAUUACCCAGAUAACAACCACAAGCCGGAGAUGGCCAUCGCUCUCACCCGCUUUCAGGGCCUCUGUGGCUUCAGACCUGUGGACGAGAUCCUCGGAUUCCUUAAAUUUGUCCCAGAGUUCCAUGCUUUGGUUGGUAACGAGGCAGCAGAGGAGCUGCGGUGCAGCAUGGGAGAUGCAGCCCGUACGAGCCAGGCACUGAAGAAGUGCUUCACCAGGAUGAUGAACUGUGAGAAGAAAGUGUUUGUAGACCAACUCAACAUGCUGGUGAAAAGAGUCAGCGAAGAGGCUGCGGCAGGGAAGGACACGUCAAGCAGCAACGGCGAUCUGUUGCUCCGCCUCCACUCACAGUACCCUGGUGACAUUGGCUGCUUCUCCAUCUACUUCCUCAACCAGAUGGUGCUGGAACCGGGACAGGCCAUGUUCCUGGGAGCCAACGAGCCUCACGCCUACCUCUGUGGAGACUGUAUUGAAUGCAUGGCCUGCUCAGACAACACAGUGAGGGCCGGCCUGACACCCAAAUACAUUGAUGUGAACACGCUGUGUGAGAUGCUGAACUACAGCCCUGCCCCGGCCAGCUCCAAGAUCUUUCCGUCCGUGCAGGACUCCUCAGAUCCCUGCGUGAUCCUGUAUGACCCCCCUGUGCCAGACUUCACUGUCAUGAGGAUACAGGUGCCAGCCUCGGUCAAACAGUACACUUUGGCCCCAGUUGACUGCGCUGGCAUCCUCCUGGUUAUUGAAGGUGACGCCACAGCAACCUCAGCUGCAGCCCCCUCUGACAUCACCCUGAGGCGGGGCACUGUCCUCUUCAUCUCGGCCAAUGAGAGCGUCUCGCUGCAUAUCACCUCCCAGUCUGGGAUGACCAUGUUUCGGGCCUGCUGCCUCCUGUAGUCGUGAGUCUGUGGCUGUGUGUGAAAACUCUUGCUACCUAUUAUUUAAUGUGAUACACUGGCUUGAAUCAACACGGUCUGCGCUGCAUUCUGGAAUGAGGCUGAUGAUUGUUGUGCACUUUUUAGUAGGUAGUAUGCAAAAGGAGCUUUCAGACACAGCACUCACUGCCCAUCUGUGCCCGCUGCCCACCUAACUCUGCCCAACCCAACCCAACCCAACCCAACCCAACCCAACCUCUGGACCGCUGUGCCACCCCUUCAUGCCAGUGGUAGUGGUCCCUGGCAUGAGUUUUGUAACUGAUUUUAAUCCUGUUUUUAACCUGUAGUGGUGUAGGUACAACUGAUACCUCUACAUUCUUCUUUUCCAGUCUAAGAUAAAGGGUUUCACACUCACACAAGCAUACACAGUUCAGAUUUCAGCUUUUUGUUUGAGCAGAAAGCAGAGGGUGGCAUAUGUUUACACUGGUGCACGACUCACUGUUUUGAACAUCUAACGCCUACCCUUUCUGAGGACCAAGCAUGUCUAUUACUGUUCUGAUGAGCCAGUAGUCGUCUUCCUCCAGGAUCAUAGGUGAAACCACCUGAUGAACCAUUUAACCAUCGCCAUUUUUGCUCGAAUAAGUAGAUAACCACCUUUUCAAACUUCAUUUUAGGGGAAAAAAAAUCAUCUUUAUUUAUCUAUUAGCGGUUGAGAGUAUAAGGUGUAAUGCUGAGAUGCCUGUGCAUGUUUGAGUUAUAGCAGUAAUACCGGAGUGGGCCUUUCUGUCUGUGAUAAUGAGCCACAACUGAAUACCAAUCACAAUAAAGUCUACCUUUGAGGGUAUUAUUGCUAUCAUACAACAGUUAUCAGUGCAUGUGUACGGUCUUGAAAUUUCUCCUCAAGUAGUGUACAUACAUAAGGGGAAAAAAACAUAAAAAUGAAAACAAAACAGGAUUGCAAGGCAAGUAAUGCUGUCUGGAAAUGAUCAGUUGGAAUGUAUAUUGAGCAGUCAGACUGCUUGUCUGAGACUGCCAGUUCUAUAGGAAUCAAAAUGCACUGUCGCUGCUUGCCACAGCUAACACUGGUACAGAAACACACUCGUUCAAACUUGUACAGUGUACAACCAAAUGCUGCAUUCAGUUUAAUGGUUUACAGUAUUGUAUGAACAAAAGUGUAAACAAUUAUUUCUGUAUCUGAGUAUUUGCAACCAGAUGUUUUCAACUUUGUACGUUAUGUUGUUUGUACUGACCAUCACCACUUGACAUUAAAUGUUGUGUACAAAGGAAACAAUCCCUGAAACAGUAUGUAUUAUGGGGUUUUACAAUGUUGUCAGUGAUAUCACGUGGUGAGUGGUUUGCCUUCGUAAUACGGUUAAAAUCUUAUGGUGACCACUAUGGCUAAGUAAUUAUUUCAUUUGGUUACAAGACAUUAAUUCAAUAUUGUUAAUAAAUUAUUUCAGUAAGGUGUAAACUACUGCAUUAUAUUACAGUACAUACCAGGGUUGAUCUGAAUUUAUUCAGUUUAUGAAGUGGAUUUUUUUGUCUUUUCCUAAAAUGGUCUGUAUAGCCUAUCUUAUGUCAAAUAUUUGAGAAUGAAUGCUCUAUCAAUCUGUCAACCUACCUAUGAAUGCCUUUUAUUCUACAUUUUUAACUGGUUGAACUAUUGAAUGACUGAAGUGAAACAACCAAACCCUGGUGCAGACUGUACCUCCUACACAACCAUAAGAGCAAGUUGCUGUGCGGUGAUGUCAGUGAUUUAGCUUGAAUCUCUAACCUUGUUCCUAAUUUAGAUGCACUAAACAUUUUGCUGUUUGAUGUUUGUUGCUAUGAAGUUGAACAGUAGAAGAAACAUGGGACAAUGAAGGAUUUGAAGAGUUUGUUUCAAGACACUGCAUCUAUUUUAUUUUUUAAAAAAUAAAUAAACAAAAAACAUUACCUUAAGUUAAUCCUUAAGCCUCUCUGACAUAGAGCCUACAUUCUAUGACAAGUGUCAUUUUGCCAAUCUACAGUCUGUUAUCUGCUGUCUGUUAAACGCACAAAAUUUGUUCUAAUUUUGUGCUGUCAGUCUUUUUGUACAGGUCUCCAUUCCAACAGUGUCCCAUUUCGGAAAGAAACUUCUGAAAUGGAAUUAACACAUUUGUUACUGAUUUUGUCUCAAUCCAACUUAUGUAGUUCAAAAAGGUCACUUUCUCUCUAUAGGGACUGUUUGCACUAAAGUCUUGUUGCUAUUUUUAUUUUUUCAGUUCGAAACAUUUUUUUCUUUUGAUUUCAGGGUUUCAGAUGCACUCAGAUGUGAAGGCUGCAGCAUUUUACCUCAAUGGUUUUACUUAAACUGUUGUGAGAAGGUUUCUUGGAAUAUUCGUCUGCAAUGAGGGCAUGGUUUAGCAUUUUUUAACAUGAUGCUGUAGCAUGGGUCUGCAGAGAAAAUCUGUAUGUCAAAGUGAUUUAAUAAAGACCUGUUCUGUUACUA